GAUCUCAUUCAGCAUAUUUUUUAUUAUUACCCAAAAAAUAGAAUGCGAGAAAGGUAUAGGCUAAUCUCUCUUAAAUAAUAGCGCACAUCACCAAACAGGGGAAAGUGCAGGCCAAGUGGAGUUUGGAGUUGCCUGCCAAGUGAGAAUUAUUUUAUAAAAGUGGACAAAUGAAAGUAAUUGAUUUUGUUAUAAUAAUUAUUCAUAUAAUAAUAAUAACUUAGCUAUAAUGCCCUGAAGUAACUACAGAUCGACGUUACAUCCGUUUUUUAAACUUGUUACUGAAAAACCUCAAGAUAAAUAAGAGCACUUUACUACAGGGUAUCCAGCAGCUGUGUAAGCCUAACCCACCGACCCUAAACUCUCUUUUACCAAAACGACCACUAAUGGCCAGAAACAGAAAAAAAAGCAUACAGUGCACUGCGGACGGGACGGAUCCAUGAGAUCGCUUGCAAUGGACGGACGGAUCCGCAUGUUCUGCCAUCAAAUGCCAUAGGAAUGUGUAUCUGUAUCUGUAUGUGGCCAGCAAGUGGGUAAAUUACAACCUGGAAAUGGUCGCGAAUCGAGACCGAACUGUCAUAAAAAUCAGUUAAUAACCGCAUACCCCGACCCACCCGACCACUAUAUAGAAGUGGAUGUGUGUGCGAUACACUUAUCUGGCUGUGUGGAUACGUAUAUUUUCAUUUUCAUUUGGCCAGAUCGGCCAGUUGGGCAUCGCCUCGUUUAGUUGACAGCGCUUUGUUCGCCUGCACGGUUCGAAUUACCGGAAACCGAAAGUUAGAGCCCUCACCUGCGAAUAGAAUUACCACUAAGGAGUACAUACCACUAAGGAAUAUAUAACAAGUGUUAAGAAAAUGCACGCCUUUCCAAUGCUGUUUGUAGUCUUGCAACUCCUCGCAAUCGUUCGCGCGGAAUCGGGAGAAUUCGAGAAACUCCUGGUUCCCGCGAGCCACGGAAACGCAGAGCAGAGGAGCGGAGUACGGAGCAACGAGACCUCGACUGCUGGACACUCGGUGGCCGCCCGCUCCUACUACGACGUGGUGCAGAACGCCGGACAGACGGGCUGCUCCGUGGGCACCGAGUGCACCCCGCUCCACGACUGCACUGCCCUGAUCUACGAGGUGGCCCGGAGCUGCUACUACGGCGACAAGUCGCUCUACUGCGGGGGAGCCAGCGAGGAGCUGCCCUACGUCUGCUGCCCCAGCAGUCCGCUGGAGAAGAACCAGGUGUGCGGCAAGUCCCUGGUCCAGGGCCACUUCUACAAGGGACUGGGCUCCUAUCCCUUCGUCGCGCGCAUCGGCUUCAAGCAUGUCAACACUGGAGCCUUUGCCUAUCCGUGUGCUGGAGCCGUAAUUGCGCGCCGGGUCAUUCUCACGGCCGCCCACUGCGCUCUGGCCAAGGCCGAUGGACACCGGCUGUCUUCUGUGCGCGUCGGCGAGUACGAUACGAGUAGCGAUCCGGACUGCGCCAACACCGGAUUCUGUGCACCGCGGUCGGUCAACCACGCCAUCAGCCAUGUGAUCGUGCAUCCCGACUACAAGCAGGGCCAGUAUCACCAUGACAUUGCUCUGCUGGUGCUGAAAACGCCGCUAAACUAUUCGGUGGCUACUCAACCCAUCUGCCUGCAGAAGACACGCGCCAACCUGGUGGUGGGCAAACGGGCUACCAUCGCCGGUUGGGGCAAGAUGUCCACGUCGAGUGUCCGCCAGCCGGAGAUGUCGCAUCUGGACGUGCCGCUGACCAGCUGGGACCUGUGCCUCCGGAACUACGGGUCCACGGGGGCCCUGGAAUCGCCCAACUCCAUCGAGGGCCAAUGGAUGUGCGCCGGCGGCGAGGGCAAGGACGUCUGCCAGGGAUUUGGCGGAGCACCGCUUUUCAUACAAGAGAACGGCAUCUUCUCCCAGAUCGGCAUCAUGUCCUUUGGAUCUGAUAACUGCGGCGGUCUUCGCAUUCCGAGUGUCUACACCUCCGUGGCCCACUUUUCCGAGUGGAUUCACGAUAACACGCCACCGGAGUAGCUUAGUUCUAGCUUAAGCUAGACCUAAAAUUGCAUUAUUUAAAUAAAAUAUAAAUAUGAAUACUA